GCUCGAUCCGCCGACCGACAAAUUUUUUCUUCGCCUUUUCUUGGGACAGUGAUCUGCCCGCCCGUUCGGCCCUCAUCGCAUCCGUCCGUCCGACCCCCAUCCCCGGUCGUCCUGGAUCAUCGUCUGCUGCUGCCCCUCGCCCGUCUCAGAGACAUCGCCCGGUCCACCGCGACCUCGCCGCAACCACCGAUCGCCCUCGUCUGCUCGUCUGCCAACUCCCUGGCCGUCCAAGCAUCUCGCCGCCACUCUCCGCACAUCUCGCCGCCGCCAACUCCCCGCACAUCAUGAGCUCCGAUCACAUCGACUUUGCCUCCCUGCAUCCGCUCUCGCCCGAGGUCAUCCAGCGCCAGGCCACCAUCAACAUCGGCACCAUCGGACAUGUCGCCCACGGCAAGUCCACCGUCGUCAAGGCCAUCUCGGGUGUGCUCACGGUCCGAUUCAAGACCGAGCAGAUCCGCAACAUCACCAUCAAGCUCGGCUAUGCCAACGCCAAGAUCUUCAAGUGCGACUCCGAGGCCUGCCCCCGACCCGGCUGCUACCGCUCGUACCGCUCCGACAAAGAGGACGGCUUCCCCUGCGAGCGCGUCGGCUGCAUGGGCAGGAUGCGCCUUCUCCGCCACGUCUCGUUUGUCGAUUGCCCCGGCCACGACAUUCUUAUGGCCACCAUGCUCAACGGUGCCGCCGUCAUGGACGCCGCCCUGCUGCUCAUUGCCGGAAACGAAUCCUGCCCCCAACCCCAGACCUCCGAGCACUUGGCCGCCAUUGAGAUCAUGAAGCUCAAGCACAUCAUCAUCCUGCAGAACAAAAUCGACGUCAUCAAGGAGACCGCCGCCGAGGAGCACUACCAGUCCAUCCUCGCCUUUGUCAAGGGCACCAUCGCCGACGGCGCCCCCAUCAUCCCGAUCUCGGCCCAGCUCAAAUACAACAUCGACGCCGUCAACGAGUACAUCGUCAAGACCAUCCCGAUCCCACCCCGCGACUUUACCUCCGACCCGCGCCUGAUCGUCAUCCGCUCCUUCGACGUCAACAAGCCCGGCUCUGAGGUCCAGGACCUCAAGGGUGGCGUUGCCGGUGGCUCGAUCCUCUUUGGCUGCCUGAAACUCGGCGACGAGAUCGAGAUCCGCCCCGGCAUCGUCACCAAGGACGCCGAGGGCAAGAUCAAGUGCAAGCCCAUCUAUUCCAAAAUCAUCUCCCUCUUUGCUGAGCAGAACGACCUGCAGUUUGCCGUGCCCGGCGGUCUGAUUGGUGUUGGCACCAAGGUUGACCCCACUCUCUGCCGUGCCGAUCGCCUCGUCGGCCAGGUCCUGGGUUCGGUCGGCAAGCUGCCCAAGAUCUACACCGAGCUCGAGAUCAACUACUUCCUGCUCCGCCGACUGCUUGGUGUCAGAACGGACGACAAGAAGCAAUCCAAGGUCUCCAAAUUGACAAAGAACGAAGUCUUGAUGGUCAACAUCGGCUCGACCUCGACCGGUGGCAGAGUCAUGAGCGUCAAGGCCGAUCUGGCCAAGAUUCUCCUCACCAGCCCGGCCUGUACCGAGAUCGAUGAGAAGAUUGCCUUGUCACGACGUAUCGAUUCGCACUGGCGUCUGAUCGGAUGGGGCAAGAUCAAGCACGGAACCACCAUCGAGCCCGACAUCUAAACUCCACCCCCACACCCUCGCGAACGAUGUCUCAAUGCAAGGGCAGCCAGAGCAGCCGUGCACACAUCGCCCAUACUCUCUCUCCCCUUUUAGUGUUCACCUCCACGGCACUAGCACCAGCAUGAUGACCUCCUCGCACAGAGCCACCCCCAACUACCACACCCACCACAGCCCUGUCUCUUCUGUCCGUCACCCGGAAUCCUGCGCGAGCGAGGAUGAGGUGUUGUGUGCGCGAUGAAGCACCCGUUUGAUACGACGAUGAUGUGUUUGAUGUACAGUUCAUUCAUACAGCCCUCUCAGCAAAA